AUGUCGAGACCCAAUGUGUAUAGGAACAGGACCCCAUACGCUCGUCCAGUCCAGUCGAGUGGUUCACAAUCUAUGGUAGUUACUGGACAAGCCAAUCAACAAGGGCCGGUCAGAUGUUUUCAGUGCGGAGGACCCCAUUUCAGAUCUUCAUGCUCUCAGUUGGUUGGAGGGAAAUAUUGCACUCGUUGUAAAAGAAAUGGUCACCUGGAGAACGAGUGUAAUAUGGGCGGACGUGCAGUGAUGAGGCCGCCGAAUGCUGGAAGGACUCAGCAAGGAAGAGGUGGACGAGCCCAAGCUGUAGGGCGAGUGUAUGCGAUCACUGGUGCAGAAGCAGCGAGCUCAGGUACGCUCGUCACUGGUACCUGCUUAGUUCAUGGAAUUCCUUGCUGUGUGUUGUAUGAUUCUGGGGCAACACACUCCUUCAUCUCGAAGGCGUGCGUUGAUAAGUUGGGAUUAACCGAGAGACUUAGAAGUGAUUCUGGGAAUGGAUUGGCUGAAUACCAAUCGCAUCCUCAUAGAUUGUGGGGCUAA